UUGUUUGCUGCAGUUUCACCUCUGCAUCCGCUGAGCACGUGCCACGCUCUGUCACCAGCGUCAUGCGCGGAGUCUUUUCUGGUUUAUGGGGAGGUUCACCUACAUAAGCCCAUCUUGUCAGAAAAUGGUUCUCCUGGAACUGGUUCUCUACCGCCAACGUUCCCAAAUUCGCCGUUGCCGAGAAUGGCACCACAGUCACCGCAACCGCAGGUUGACGAAAGACCGAUUUCUCCAACACCUGGAACUUCACAGCCGAUGAUGUUAGAGGAGCAACUCGACGAAGACGUACUGGUUUUGCUUGGUGAUGCACAUAAGACCGAUACCGUAAUGGGUCCAGCAAUCCAUCAGGAUAUAGCUAAUCGGUGGCAAGACAUACUUGCUAAAGGGUUGGCAAAAGACGUGAAAGAAAGUCUUUUGAAGACUUAUCUUAUACCCUCCAAUUGUGAGCUCCUGAUUGCAUCAGCUCUAAGCUCGGGGGUUAAAGCAGCCCUGACAGAGACCUCUAUAAAACGAGACUCGUCACUUUUGUUCAAAUAA